AUGGAGAUGAUCUUCUCCAGUCUUGCCGGCCCGGAAGAUGGUAUCGGCUUCGCCCUAGCCUCAAAGUACACUUACGAUUGUUUCCUGUCGUUCUUGGAGCAGCGAAAGAUCGGCAAAAAGCUCUCAAAGCUUCUGCCAAUUGAAAAGGCUCUCCACGGCCAACCGUUUGAUGCUCUGGACGAACGUGGCCACCUUCCACGAAUCCGACUACUUCCAUGUCUUCAAACCGAUCGUUUGAGAGCAUUCAGUGCCCCUAUUUUCCGUCUCCAAUCCCUGCUCUGUGUUGAUAACUAA